AUGGGCUUGGUCCUGACGUCUGAAGAAAAUGGACUUCCUAGAAUCAGUGUCGCACCAGGCUUGGUCCUGACGUCUAAAGAAAAUGGACCUCCUAGAAUCAGUGUCGCACCAGGCUUGCUCCUGACGUCUGAAGAAAAUGGACCUCCUAGAAUCAGUGUCGCACCAGGCUUGGUCCUGAUGUCUGAAGAAAAUGGACCUCCUAGAAUCAGUGUCGCACCAGGCUUGGUCCUGAUGUCUGAAGAAAAUGGACCUCCUAGAAUCAGUGUCGCACCAGGCUUGGUCCUGAUGUCUGAAGAAAAUGGACCUCCUAGAAUCAGUGUCGCACCAGGCUUGGUCCUGACGUCUGAAGAAAAUGGACCUCCUAGAUUCAGUGUCGCACCAGGCUUGGUCCUGAUGUCUGAAGAAAAUGGACCUCCUAGAAUCAGUGUCGCACCAGGCUUGGUCCUGAUGUCUGAAGAAAAUGGACCUCCUAGAAUCAGUGUCGCACCAGGCUUGGUCCUGAUGUCUGAAGAAAAUGGACCUGAUAGAAUCAGUGUCGCACCAGGCUUGGUCCUGAUGUCUGAAGAAAAUGGACCUCCUAGAAUCAGUGUCGCACCAGGCUUGGUCCAGAUGUCUGAAGAAAAUGGACCUCCUAGAAUCAGUGUCGCACCAGGCUUGGUCCUGAUGUCUGAAGAAAAUGGACCUCCUAGAAUCAGUGUCGCACCAGGCUUGGUCCUGACGUCUGAAGAAAAUGGACCUCCUAGAAUCAGUGUCUCACCAGGCUUGGUCCUGACGUCUGAAGAAAAUGGACCUCCUAGAAUCAGUGUCGCACCAGGCUUGGUCCUGAUGUCUCAAGAAAAUGGACCUCCUAGAAUCAGUGUCCCACCAGGCUUGGUCCUGACGUCUGAAGAAAAUGGACCUCCUAGAAUCAGUGUCGCACCAGGCUUGGUCCUGACGUCUGAAGAAAAUGGACCUCCUAGAAUCAGUGUCGCACCAGGCUUGGUCCUGACGUCUGAAGAAAAUGGACCUCCUAGAAUCAGUGUCGCACCAGGCUUGGUCCUGACGUCUGAAGAAAAUGGACCUCCUAGAAUCAGUGUCGCACCAGGCUUGGUCCUGACGUCUGAAGAAAAUGGACCUCCUAGAAUCAGUGUCGCACCAGGCUUGGUCCUGACGUCUGAAGAAAAUGGACCUCCUAGAAUCAGUGUCGCACCAGGCUUGGUCCUGACGUCUGAAGAAAAUGGACCUCCUAGAAUCAGUGUCGCACCAGGCUUGUUCCUGACGUCUGAAGAAAAUGGACCUCCUAGAAUCAGUGUCGCAACAGGCUUGGUCCUGACGUCUGAAGAAAAUGGACCUCCUAGAAUCAGUGUCGCACCAGGCUUGGUCCUGACGUCUGAAGAAAAUGGACCUCCUAGAAUCAGUGUCGCACCAGGCUUGGUCCUGACGUCUGAAGAAAAUGGACCUCCUAGAAUCAGUGUCGCACCAGGCUUGUUCCUGACGUCUGAAGAAAAUGGACCUCCUAGAAUCAGUGUCGCAACAGGCUUGGUCCUGACGUCUGAAGAAAAUGGACCUCCUAGAAUCAGUGUCGCACCAGGCUUGGUCCUGACGUCUGAAGAAAAUGGACCUCCUAGAAUCAGUGUCGCACCAGGCUUGGUCCUGACGUCUGAAGAAAAUGGACCUCCUAGACUCAGUGUCGCACCAGGCUUGGUCCUGACGUCUGAAGAAAAUGGACCUCCUAGAAUCAGUGUCGCACCAGGCUUGGUCCUGACGUCUGAAGAAAAUGGACCUCCUAGAAUCAGUGUCGCACCAGGUUUGGUCCUGACGUCUGAAGAAAAUGGACCUCCUAGAAUCAGUGUCGCACCAGGCUUGGUCCUGACGUCUGAAAAAAAUGGACGUCCUAGAAUCAGUGUCGCACCAGGCUUGGUCCUGACGUCUGAAGAAAAUGGAACUCCAAGAAUCAGUGUCGCACCAGGCUUGGUCCUGACGUCUGAAGAAAAUGGACCUCCUAGAAUCAGUGUCGCACCAGGCUUGGUCCUGACGUCUGAAGAAAAUGGACCUCCUAGAAUCAGUGUCGCACCAGGCUUGGUCCUGACGUCUGAAGAAAAUGGACCUCCUAGAAUCAGUGUCGCACCAGGCUUGGUCCUGACGUCUGAAGAAAAUGGACCUCCUAGAAUCAGUGUCGCACCAGGCUUGGUCCUGACGUCUGAAGAAAAUGGACCUCCUAGAAUCAGUGUCGCACCAGGCUUGGUCCUGACGUCUGAAGAAAAUGGACCUCCUAGAAUCAGUGUCGCACCAGGCUUGGUCCUGACGUCUGAAGAAAAUGGACCUCCUAGAAUCAGUGUCGCACCAGGCUUGGUCCUGACGUCUGAAGAAAAUGGACCUCCUAGAAUCAGUGUCGCACCAGGCUUGGUCCUGACGUCUGAAGAAAAUGGACCUCCUAGAAUCAGUGUCGCACCAGGCUUGGUCCUGACGUCUGAAGAAAAUGGACCUCCUAGAAUCAGUGUCGCACCAGGCUUGGUCCUGACGUCUGAAGAAAAUGGACCUCCUAGAAUCAGUGUCGCACCAGGCUUGGUCCUGACGUCUGAAGAAAAUGGACCUCCUAGAAUCAGUGUCGCACCAGGCUUGGUCCUGACGUCUGAAGAAAAUGGACCUCCUAGAAUCAGUGUCGCACCAGGCUUGGUCCUGACGUCUGAAGAAAUUGGACCUCCUAGAAUCAGUGUCGCACCAGGCUUGGUCCUGACGUCUGAAGAAAAUGGACCUCCUAGAAUCAGUGUCGCACCAGGCUUGGUCCUGACGUCUGAAAAAAAUGGACCUCCUAGAAUCAGUGUCGCACCAGGCUUGGUCCUGACGUCUGAAGAAAAUGGACCUCCUAGAAUCAGUGUCGCACCAGGCUUGGUCCUGACGUCUGAAGAAAAUGGACCUCCUAGAAUCAGUGUCGCAGCAGGCUUGGUCCUGACGUCUGAAGAAAAUGGACCUCCUAGAAUCAGUGUCGCACCAGGCUUGGUCCUGACGUCUGAAGAAAAUGGACCUCCUAGAAUCAGUGUCGCAGCAGGCUUGGUCCUGACGUCUGAAGAAAAUGGACCUCCUAGAAUCAGUGUCGCACCAGGCUUGGUCCUGACGUCUGAAAAAAAUGGACCUCCUAGAAUCAGUGUCGCACCAGGCUUGGUCCUGACGUCUGAAGAAAAUGGACCUCCUAGAAUCAGUGUCGCACCAGGCUUGGUCCUGACGUCUGAAGAAAAUGGACCUCCUAGAAUCAGUGUCGCACCAGGCUUGGUCCUGACGUCUGAAGAAAAUGGACCUCCUAGAAUCAGUGUCGCACCAGGCUUGGUCCUGACGUCUGAAGAAAUUGGACCUCCUAGAAUCAGUGUCGCACCAGGCUUGGUCCUGACGUCUGAAGAAAAUGGACCUCCUGGAAUCAGUGUCGCACCAGGCUUGGUCCUGACGUCUGAAGAAAAUGGACCUCCUAGAAUCAGUGUCGCACCAGGCUUGGUCCUGACGUCUGAAGAAAAUGGACCUCCUAGAAUCAGUGUCGCACCAGGCUUGGUCCUGACGUCUGAAGAAAAUGGACCUCCUAGAAUCAGUGUCGCACCAGGCUUGGUCCUGACGUCUGAAGAAAAUGGACCUCCUGGAAUCAGUGUCGCACCAGGCUUGGUCCUGACGUCUGAAGAAAAUGGACCUCCUAGAAUCAGUGUCGCACCAGGCUUGGUCCUGACGUCUGAAGAAAAUGGACCUCCUAGAAUCAGUGUCGCACCAGGCUUGGUCCUGACGUCUGAAGAAAAUGGACCUCCUAGAAUCAGUGUCGCACCAGGCUUGGUCCUGACGUCUGAAGAAAAUGGACCUCCUAGAAUCGGUGUCGCACCAGGCUUGGUCCUGACGUCUGAAGAAAAUGGACCUCCUAGAAUCAGUGUCGCACCAGGCUUGGUCCUGACGUCUGAAGAAAAUGGACCUCCUAGAAUCGGUGUCGCACCAGGCUUGGUCCUGACGUCUGAAGAAAAUGGACCUCCUAGAAUCGGUGUCGCACCAGGCUUGGUCCUGACGUCUGAAGAAAAUGGACCUCCUAGAAUCAGUGUCGCACCAGGCUUGGUCCUGACGUCUGAAGAAAAUGGACCUCCUAGAAUCAGUGUCGCACCAGGCUUGGUCCUGACGUCUGAAGAAAAUGGACCUCCUAGAAUCAGUGUCGCACCAGGCUUGGUCCUGACGUCUGAAGAAAAUGGACCUCCUAGAAUCAGUGUCGCACCAGGCUUGGUCCUGACGUCUGAAGAAAAUGGACCUCCUAGAAUCAGUGUCGCACCAGGCUUGGUCCUGACGUCUGAAGAAAAUGGACCUCCUAGAAUCAGUGUCGCACCAGGCUUGGUCCUGACGUCUGAAGAAAAUGGACCUCCUAGAAUCAGUGUCGCACCAGGCUUGGUCCUGACGUCUGAAGAAAAUGGACCUCCUAGAAUCAGUGUCGCACCAGGCUUGGUCCUGACGUCUGAAGAAAAUGGACCUCCUAGAAUCAGUGUCGAACCAGGCUUGGUCCUGACGUCUGAAGAAAUUGGACCUCCUAGAAUCAGUGUCGCACCAGGCUUGGUCCUGACGUCUGAAGAAAAUGGACCUCCUGGAAUCAGUGUCGCACCAGGCUUGGUCCUGACGUCUGAAGAAAAUGGACCUCCUAGAAUCAGUGUCGCACCAGGCUUGGUCCUGACGUCUGAAGAAAAUGGACCUCCUAGAAUCAGUGUCGCACCAGGCUUGGUCCUGACGUCUGAAGAAAAUGGACCUCCUAGAAUCAGUGUCGCACCAGGCUUGGUCCUGACGUCUGAAGAAAAUGGACCUCCUAGAAUCAGUGUCGCACCAGGCUUGGUCCUGACGUCUGAAGAAAAUGGACCUCCUAGAAUCAGUGUCGCACCAGGCUUGGUCCUGACGUCUGAAGAAAAUGGACCUCCUAGAAUCAGUGUCGCACCAGGCUUGGUCCUGACGUCUGAAGAAAAUGGACCUCCUAGAAUCAGUGUCGCACCAGGCUUGGUCCUGACGUCUGAAGAAAAUGGACCUCCUAGAAUCAGUGUCGCACCAGGCUUGGUCCUGACGUCUGAAGAAAAUGGACCUCCUAGAAUCAGUGUCGCACCAGGCUUGGUCCUGACGUCUGAAGAAAAUGGACCUCCUAGAAUCAGUGUCGCACCAGGCUUGGUCCUGACGUCUGAAGAAAAUGGACCUCCUAGAAUCAGUGUCGCACCAGGCUUGGUCCUGACGUCUGAAGAAAAUGGACCUCCUAGAAUCAGUGUCGCACCAGGCUUGGUCCUGACGUCUGAAAAAAAUGGACCUCCUAGAAUCAGUGUCGCACCAGGCUUGGUCCUGACGUCUGAAGAAAAUGGACCUCCUAGAAUCAGUGUCGCACCAGGCGUGGUCCUGACGUCUGAAGAAAAUGGACCUCCUAGAAUCAGUGUCGCACCAGGCUUGGUCCUGACGUCUGAAAAAAAUGGACCUCCUAGAAUCAGUGUCGCACCAGGCUUGGUCCUGACGUCUGAAGAAAAUGGACCUCCUAGAAUCAGUGUCGCACCAGGCUUGGUCCUGACGUCUGAAGAAAAUGGACCUCCUAGAAUCAGUGUCGCACCAGUUCAACUGUGA